GCCUCGGCCGCUAGAAAAUGGCCGGGCUGCGCCGCUGCCUUUGAGGCUCUGGUCGUGGGGGCGGCGCUGAGCGGGCCUUGGGAGAGCUCUGCUCAGGGUUCUGCUUCGCUGCUGCAGCAUCCUUGAGAGCCGGCCGGGCGGUUGUCCUGCUCCCGGGGGUGGUGGAGAGAUAAAACCCCGCAAAUCGUUGUCGAAGGUUGAUGAAAAAUGGCUAGCAACAGUGACUGUUUCCAAAGUGCCAGAGCACCCACAGCACCCACCUGUGACCCGAUGCAAAAGAAGAUUUUGCCAGCUCAGACUUCUACAAAACAGCUUUUAGGAAAGUCUGUGGCUGUAAGGCCAAAAUUCUCACCUUCUGAGAGGUACAGGGGACCAGGUUUCACUCGGAAGAUGGCACAAAAUCCAGAGCCUUUACUGUCAAAACCACCCCGUAUACCUCCACAGUCAGCACUUCCCUCAAAGGAAGUGCUAGCAGAGUUUAUUGAAACAUACAAGCAGGGUAAAAUAAACCCAGUAUCUGCCUUGUAUCAGUUUGCACAAAUGCACUGCGUACAACUUGAAUUGAAAGAAACUAGCGCGCCAGGCAAUGUCAUAAGUCUUUAUUUUGCCUUUUGUGCUGUGUUGAAUGGUGUUUGCUACAAGACUGGAUUGGGAAAAAACAAGAAGGAAGCUAAAUUCAAUGCAGCUAAACUGGCUCUUGAUGAGAUACUAGAGUUGGAGUAUGCAGGGGCAAUGACUUCUGACAAGUCAGGUCCUCCCUGUAUUCCUGUUGAGCCUGAAGCUCCAGCAAAGUCCGCUUAUGUUUCAAGGAUCUGUUUUGAAGGAAGACGGCUUAUAUAUCAAAAAUUUUCACAAAUGUUGGAAAGACUAUUUAACAGCCUGACUACCAAAUACCCGGAGUACCAAAGUUGUGGCAGUUCACUGGCUGCCUUCAUCAUUGAAAAAGGUGGACGGUAUGAAAUUGUAGCUCUAGGAACAGGAGAAUGUAAUUACAGUAAGGACUAUCAACCCUGUGGAAGAGUGUUACACGACAGCCAUGCCAUCGUUACUGCAAGGCGUUCUCUCCUUAGAUAUUUUUAUAGACAUCUUAUGCUGUUCUAUAAUAAAAAUCCAGCACGCACAGAGAAAUCCAUAUUUUGCACAGCGCCUGGCUCAAAGCUGCUUGUCCUAAAACAAAAUACAAAUAUCUUUCUCUAUAUGAAUCAGCUGCCAAAAGGAUCUGCGCAGUUAAAAUCACAGUUACAUCUCAAUCCCCAAUCUCUGUCUGCUUAUGAAGCUAGUGAAGAACUGAGUCUCCAUGUUGCUGUAGAAGGCAGGAUUUACCUUUCGGUUUGUUGUCCACCUAAAACUGUUAGAGCAAGGAGCAUGUCAGCCACUGACAAAUUAACAAAAUGGGAAGUGGUUGGUAUUCAGGGGGCAUUGCUGAGUCACUUCAUUGAACCAGUUUAUAUCAACAGUAUUCUUGUAGGAAAUGGAAAUUGCAAGGAUACGAGAGGGUUAGAAAUAGCUAUAAAACAGCGUAUUGAUGAUGCACUCACAGUAGAGCUUCCCAUGCUUUAUGUGGUCAACAGAUCUCAUAUUUAUUUGGUGAACGCUGCACAGCCGAUUCAGAUGGAUAUGAAACACAGGUCUCUUAGUUUGAAUUGGUCGCUGUCAGAUGCAUCAGUGGAGAUUGUGGAUGGAUUAAAUGGAAAAACCGCUGAAAGUUCACCGUUCAAAAGUGGUACUUACAUGGCAAGUCGUCUUUGCAAGGCGGCAAUGCUUAGUCGUUUCAAAUUGCUGGCUAAGGAAGCAGAAAGAAAUGAUUUACUUCAAAUCGCUACAUACCACGAAGCUAAGGUUCAGUCUGAAUCGUAUCAAGAAGCUAAAAAGUUGCUGCACAGCUACUUAGAGCAACAUGGUUAUGGAUCCUGGAUUGUGAAGUCUCCGCAUAUAGAGCAGUUCAUUGACUAACUGCAAGGCGGAUUGCGUGUGAAGUUAGUGUGUGUGAUUUCUUUCAGUGAAAUGCAAUUCUCGUUAGUAAAAUGUUUAACUGUUGGGUUCAUAUUCACAGUGAGAAAAUCAUUCUAGAGCUUCCUAUCAUCAGUUUAAAUACAUGUAUUAAGCUGAGUGUAAUACAGUUUUUUCACAGGUAGGAGUAUCUAACAGCAUUGCAUGUCUAUUUUGGUUUGCCUCACCUCCCAGCAUCACCUCAUCACUUCCACCUUCCCCCCCUUCCCCCCCCCCCCCCCCCCCCCCCCCCCCCCCCCGGGGGAGUCACUGACAUGUUUUUCCUGUUAGUUUCAGGAUUGCUGUGCAUCAGUCUCUUUUUCUCUUUUUUUUUCCCCUGCAUUUUUCAUAACUGUCUGUCUUUGAAAAAAAAAAUAAUCAGAAGUGGAAUUUCUUAAAAACAAACAAAACUAUAUCAAUGUGAGAAUCAUUGACAAUUUGUACUUUAUCUGUAGGCAUCCUUUGGUAGAAUUGUUCUUUUUUUUUUUUUUUUUUUGGGAUUUAGCAUUCACUGAGUGUCCUGUAGUUCACUACCUACUGUUGGUGGUAGAAUGGUUUAAAAAGUCAUUUGUGUACUUCCAAAUGUGAAACUGAAUUAUCAGGCUGUUAUCAACUGUUUUCUGACAAUCAGUAUUUUUAGUAGUGGGUUUAAAGCAUUCUAAAGGUGUCAAAGCUGUAAACAAGAGUAGUGUGAUGUAGCAUAGAAGUUACCAGAAACAAGGUUCCUUCAACUUCUGUGGGCUGCCCCAACAGCUGUGAGAUGUGAGACUAGUUGGACACCUCCUUCCGCAGAUUACUUCAUCACUGCACUCAUUCGUCCUUGCAAAACUGUCUCUAUAAUGAUCUAAAAAAUACUGUCUGUUGAGAGGAAAAUUGCUUCCUUGUAAGUUAUGAUAACCUUAUGGUAAUAUUUUGGUAAUGUUUAAAAAGUUGUUGUUAAUUAAAAUAGUCGGGUUUUGUUUGUUGUGAAAUACUAGUGUACUUAUACUAGAUACUACGUUUUCAUUAUGUUGAUUUUUGUAUUUCAUACAAGUUUGGGAAGCUGUUAUAUAAAAGUUUUCACACAUGAGUAAUAAUACAGUGCUGUAGUUACGUUUUGGGUUGUUACUGUAAAAGAAUUAUAAAACAAAAAAACUCUUCAGUGCUUUAUUCUUAAUCUGUUUUUCUAACUAGUAUAUGGAGUCUUCACUGGAGGCAGUCUUACAGUGAAUUUCAAGUUUCAAAUAUUCAAUUGAUGGAGGGCCCUCUGUCAAACUUACUGACUUGUAACUAUUCUAUCCUUGACCUUUUUGACCUAUUCUGCUAUUUUGUUUUCUGGUACAACCUUUUAAUUUAGUAGGGUUUGGGGUUUUGUUUCUUUUCCUGAGGGGAUGCCUGCUCGACGUAAUGUUUGUUCCACGUAGUGUUUCCUUUCAAAGAAUGCCUGACAGUGGCCAUCAUGUUUCAGGUUAGAUUGUAGUACUGUCUUGAGGGGGGAGGAGGUAUUAAAACUUUCUUAAAUUUCCUUGUCCAUGUGUUAGCUUUUUAUAUACUUUCGGACAGUAUCUCUGUGUGGAUUUAGACCUCUUCUGAGACAUCACCAAGGUAUUUUCUGUUAUUAAGCUUGAAGGAUUAAAUAUGUACAAGUAACUUAGAUUUCUUUGUGUACUUAAGACUUUUUAUUAAUUGAACAGCACCCCAGAACAUCUGUGAAACUUAGGUUCUACAAAGAGAGAGGUUGUGUUGUGAAUAAGAUGUAUUAUGAUGUGCAUGAUAGCUGUAUCCUUGAAAUGUUACUUAAUAACAACUGCAUGGAUAUAAUUUUCAUAUCUAGAUUGUUCAUUGUUUAAUUAGCAGCAGAUGAAGAAUACAUUGAGCUAGUAAAUUUAAGCAUAUA